AAAAAGCCUUGUACAAAUUUUCUUCCAUUGCUGAGGCAUUUUUCCAUCAGAGAUUUUCACAAAUUCACUCGACUCUCCCAGUUGCCAGCUUCUGAAUUGCUUUGCAGAUCAUGGAAGGUCAUUUUAAUGAGCCUCCUCCACCUGGAACUCAAUACCACAUAAGUUCAUUGCCGGUCUCAUCUUCUUAUAAUGCAUCCUCUUUGGGGCCCACGUUUUCUUCCUCAGAAACUUAUAAUGCUCAAUAUAUCAUAACCGAGCAGCCUCCUAAUGGGUCCAAUGGUUGCCAUGUGCAAUCUGAGAGGGUUAAUGAUAUUGAAGCUGCUGCUCAGAAUGCUGUGCUGCAUGAACAAGAAAUCGAGACACAAAUGGUUAUAAAGAACCAGAGAGAUUCAAACACUGCCACUGGAUCUUCUGAGGACAGUAGAGAUAUUUUGUAUGGACGCCAUGAUCCGAAUGCUCUUAAGGAGCAUUUAUUGAAGAUGACUACACAGCAUCGUACAGAAAUGGCCUUAAAACGUGGCAAGCCCACCCAUAUGGAGGAAGCCAAUCUGGAUAUUGGAAAUGGAUAUGGCGUGCCUGGCGGAGGUGCUUAUUACAUUCCUUCUAUGAACAAUAGUAAAACACCUGGUAAGAAUUUAGAUAGUGGUGAAUCUGGAAAGGAGUCCACGGCUAACGAUUUGCCUGAAUAUCUCAAGCAAAAGUUGAGAGCAAGAGGCAUUCUGAAAGAUAAUCAAAAUGCAGAAAAUUAUUCCACGCCAGAAAAUAGAUCCGAAGCUCAGCCAACUCAGGUUGUAGCAGCAGGGAAUCUACCCCCAGGAUGGAUUGAAGCAGCUGAUCCUGGAAGUGGUGCUGUGUUUUAUUAUAACUCGAGUUCAGGGACAAGUCAGUGGGAAAGACCUACGGAGGCAGCUCCAGUUUCUGCUGCUUCAACACCAUCUCUUUCAGAAGAUUGGAUAGUCUCAUUUGAUGAAGCAUCAGGUCAAAAGUAUUAUUACAACAAGAAAACCAAUGUGUCACAAUGGGAUCAUCCAGGCACACAACAGAAGUUCACUCCUCAGCAUCAUGAAAGAACAGUCUCUGCCAAUGCAGCGGGUGGAAAUUCAGUAAACCAAUCGUCCAAUUUCCCAAAAUGCAUGGGAUGUGGUGGGUGGGGAUUGGGUCUUGUGCAGUCUUGGGGCUAUUGCAAUCACUGCACUCGACUGCACAAUCUUCCACAGAGUCAGUACUUGUCGGCCCCUGUAGAAAAUCAUACGCAAGCUGCUAAACAAGGAGAGUCGGACAAGAAAUUCCCGAAGAACAGGUCUGAUACCAAGCCUCCACUCAGUAGAGGGUAUAAGAAGGAAAAUAAAAAACGUGCCUAUAGUGAGGAUGAUGACUUGGACCCAAUGGACCCAAGUUCUUAUUCAGAUGCUCCGCGUGGUGGUUGGGUCGUAGGCCUUAAAGGAGUACAGCCAAGAGCAGCUGAUACCACUGCCACGGGCCCUCUGUUCCAGCAACGGCCGUACCCUUCACCUGGGGCAGUAUUACGUAAAAAUGCCGAAAUUUCCACACAAAAGAAAAAACAUGGCUCGAAUUAUGCUCCAAUCUCCAAGAGAGGUGAUGGAAGUGAUGGUCUUGGUGAUGCGGACUAAAUACGACAACUUUUAUAUUUUGUGCAAAUUUUCAUACGAACAUCCAUUUUCUCGGAGAAAAAUAGCACUAAUCGCGAUUAUGUGUUCGUUCUAGUUUUCACCUUUCCGGAAAAGUUCAAGAGAGUGAAUAAGCUGUUCUUGGGGAGGUAAAGGUUGAGAUUAUGAUGAUGAUUCUUGCUUAUGGUGAAGAUACUUGUUUGGUCAUGUCUGGUCAGGAUUUGGAUGUUCAUAGUAUUGUAUUGUUAAAAAAUGUUUCUACAAAAUGUUUCAUCUGUGAAAUACUGAUGUCUUUUUUUUUUUCUCUUUUUAAUAAUGUAAUUUAACUUGUAUGUAACAACUAAUGGAAACACCAAUUUUUUUCCCAAUAUAA